ACGUGCGGCUCGCGGAAGGCGAAGGUUUUUGUGUUGCUUGCCUGGGCUAGCGGCGGCCGCGGUGGCGUCGGUGGAGGAGGGGUGGAGGCGCGGCGACUGCUGCACCGCGCUCCACGCUGCGGAGCGAGCCCACCCGCUCCGGGAGCUCGUCUCCUCGGUGCUCCCCCUCCCUCCCCACCCCCCCAGUGGCGCUGCCUCCUCCAAAUGAGCGAUUCGCCCGCUGGAUCUAACCCAAGGACACCCGAAAGCAGCGGCAGCGGCAGCGGCGGCGGCGGGAAGAGGCCGGCGGUGCCGGCGGCGGUGUCCCUCUUGCCCCCGGCGGACCCUCUGCGCCAGGCGAAUCGGCUCCCUAUCAGGGUUCUGAAGAUGCUGAGCGCUCACACCGGCCACCUCCUGCACCCGGAGUACCUGCAGCCGCUGUCCUCCACUCCCGUCAGCCCCAUUGAGCUGGACGCCAAGAAAAGUCCAUUGGCGCUGCUGGCCCAGACUUGCUCGCAGAUCGGCAAGCCGGACCCGCCGCCCUCGUCCAAGCUCAACUCAGUAGCGGCGGCGGCCAACGGGCUGGGAGCCGAGAAGGACCCUGGCCGCUCCGCCUCGGGUGCCGCCUCCGCGUCUGCGGCGCUCAAGCAGCUGGGGGACUCCCCGGCUGAGGACAAGUCCAGCUUCAAGCCCUACUCUAAGGGCUCCGGUGGCGACUCUCGUAAAGACAGCGGCUCCUCCUCGGUGUCCUCCACCUCCUCCUCGUCCUCCUUGUCCCCGGGAGACAAGGCGGGUUUCAGGGUCCCCAGCGCCGCCUGCACGCCCUUUCCCCCGCAUGGAGUGCCAGUCACCGCGUCGUCGUCGUCCUCUUCUCCGGGUGGCUCCCGGGGCGGCUCCCCGCACCACUCUGACUGCAAGAACGGCGGCGGGGGUGGCAACGGGGAGCUGGACAAGAAAGACCAGGAGCCUAAGCCCAGCCCGGAGGCUGCGGCCGUGAGCCGCGGGAGCAGUGGGGAGCCUAGCGCGCACGGCGGUGGUGCCGAGGCCGGGACAUCCGGGCGCAAGUCGGAGCCGCCCUCGGCGCUGGUGGGGGCCGGCCACGUGGCGCCGGUGUCACCCUACAAACCGGGUCACUCGGUAUUCCCGCUGCCACCCUCCAGCAUCGGCUACCACGGCUCCAUCGUGGGAGCCUACGCCGGCUACCCCUCUCAGUUUGUGCCUGGCCUGGAUCCUAGCAAGUCUGGCCUCGUGGGAGGCCAGCUGUCCGGGGGCCUGGGCCUGCCACCCGGCAAGCCUCCCAGCUCCAGCCCGCUCACCGGGGCCUCCCCACCCUCCUUUCUGCAGGGAUUAUGCCGCGACCCCUACUGCCUGGGAGGUUACCACAGCGCCUCGCACCUCGGCGGCUCCAGCUGCUCCACUUGUAGUGCACACGACCCAGCAGGGCCCAGCCUGAAGGCUGGCGGCUACCCACUGGUGUACCCCGGGCACCCCCUGCAGCCCGCCGCGCUCUCGUCCAGCGCCGCCCAGGCUGCGCUCCCCGGCCACCCGCUCUACACUUACGGCUUCAUGCUGCAGAACGAACCCCUGCCGCACAGCUGCAACUGGGUGGCGGCCAGCGGGCCAUGCGACAAGCGCUUCGCCACCUCGGAGGAGCUGCUCAGCCACUUACGGACUCAUACGGCCCUGCCGGGCGCGGAGAAACUUCUGGCCGCCUACCCCGGGGCCUCCGGCCUGGGCAGCGCCGCCGCCGCCGCGGCCGCAGCCUCCUGCCAUCUGCACCUACCCCCGCCCACCGCCCCGGGCAGCCCCGGGUCGCUGUCAUUGCGGAGUCCACACACUUUGGGGCUAAGCCGGUACCACCCCUAUGGCAAGAGCCACUUAUCCACAGCUGGAGGCUUAGCCGUGCCAUCCCUCCCCACAGCCGGACCUUACUACUCGCCAUAUGCGCUGUACGGACAGAGACUAGCUUCAGCCUCCGCACUCGGAUACCAGUAACUACAGCUUCGUCCCACCCACGUCCCCAGCCUCCUCACCCCCUCCUCGUUCUCCCUUUCCCCAGCCGCCUGGCCUCGCUGCAACCUUCACUACUGCUUGUCCCUGCCGGAUUCCCCCACCCAGACCCUCCCCACCGGACUGUGUAUUUAUUUACUAUAAUGUUAGCUUACAAGCUGGGAAUAUAAGUGCAUUAACGGCCCACACGAGUCAAUGGUAUGCAAAAAGUCUGUGUUCCCCCCAAAUAAUAAUAUUAAUCACAAAUAACUACAUGUUCCCUGCCCCUCUUCCUUUCUUUAAUUAUUUUUUCUUUUUAUUAGAUAUAAGUUUAAAUUUUUUUUCCGUUUGCUUUUUUUUCUUUUUUGAUUCGUUUGGUUUUAGGGGAAGAGGGAGAGUUGGGGUUCUGGGGUUCUUUGUUUUGUUCUCCCUUCCUGGGGAGCUUCUUGCAUGCUUCUUUACCGUUAAAAUUACAUUGUCCCCUUCUCUUUUCCCCUCUUUCCCCUUCAUUUCCUCUUGUCUCCUUCCAUUUGAAGUUCUGUUUUUUUCCUUUGUACAACUUAACAGAUUUUUUUUUUGUAUCUCAUUUGUGGGGGGUGCAAUGAGGGGCCUUGGUAGCAGGAGGUCUUGCUCUCUGUUGACCUGGAACUCUGCUCCAUGAUACCUCCUCUGUGACCCUCUCUUCCUAGCGUCUUUGGUCUGUGCCCUGGCCCCCAAAAUUAGAGCCUCGCUCCCCUACCUAAUUGCUCUGAGCACCGAGAGCCCUGAGAGAGGGGCCCGAGUGGCCUCAGACAGAGCCUUUCUACUUCCAGUCCCUUCUGGGCCCUAAACAGCCGGCGAUCUGCUGGUGGGGGUCCUGUAGGGCUCAUCUUAAUUCAAUUAUAAGUCCUAGAAAGCCCUGCUGGCGUGAAACUUUGCUCUUUAUAUUUUGCAAAGUGCUUUUAUAGUCAUUGUUUUUCUCUCCUUUAUUGGGGCAGUGGUCCCUCUGGCGGUGGGGGGUGGCGUCAGUGAUCCUUGCUAGAUCCCUCCAAAGCAGACCUGUGGCAGUAUCAGCGGGCAGUACAACAUUGUAGCUCAUUGGGGGAAAGCUGGGGAGUCAGGGAGCAUACAGAUCACAGCAGCCCCAUCGCCACCUCCCAGGCCUGACCCAAGAGCCCCCAAAGUUGGCCGUGGCUUCCAUGGGCUCCCUCAGUGACGGAUUGAAGACUCGGGCCCUGGGUCUUCUCCCCACACCGUCCCUCUUCCUGGUCUUAUACAGCAGCGUGGGGGCUGCGGGGCCUGUUGGGGAUAAAUAGAGCUCUCCCUUGGUAAGACAUAUUUUGUUAAUAAAUGAAAUACUUGGCUAUAUUCACA